AUGCUAUCAUUAUGGGAUAUUGUUGAAUCUGAAGCAAAACUACUUGGUAACCAAGCAGAAAAGAGACCUUCUAGGAUCAUUAAAUCUGAUCCAAAGGCUUUUUCUCUUCAGAACAAUAUCCCAUUAGCGGAAAAAGUAGUACAAUUAUUAAAUUCAUCUAUUAAUUUUCAAAUUUGCUGGGCACUUUCGAAUGUCCCUCGUCUUGUUUCAGAAGGAUCGAUAAGCAUCGAAACAAUAAAAUUCAUUCCUCACCUUUAUGAAACACCAUCGGCAAAACUAGAGCAGUCAGCUGCUCGAGCUACUCUAGAAAUACUUAAAAUUGAUCCAGAUAUUUAUAAACCUAUAUUUUUAGAACCAUUAUUAAAAAGAAUUCAGUCACAGCCUGUAGUUGAAUACAUGCAGUGCAUACAAGCGUUAUCAACUGCCUUAACAGAAGAUGAAGUCACCAAUCAUAUUUGGCCAAUUAUUACUAGUAUGAUGAAAAUGACUAUACAUCAUCAGCAUUGCGCAUUAUCCAUGUUAUUAAUAAUAGAUCCCGAGUUAUUUAAUGUACAGAGAGAAUCUUUCGACCAAUUUAUUAAUUAUCCCUUAUUUAUUAACGAAUAUUUAUCAAAAGUUGCAGAAUUAUUCCAUCCCGUUUUUGGUGACGAAUGGAUCUACAGUAUUAUACCACAGAAGCUUUUUGAGUUCUCUCAAAAGGAUGAAUCUUAUAGAAACGGAUUUGUUCGUUACAUCUCUCAAUAUCCAUCACAGAUUACUCUUCCUACUUUAUAUUCAAUGAUUAUUGAAGCCUUCAACUGGGCAAAGACAGAUCUCGUUAUCGCGUUAGAUUUACUUUCUCAUGCAGACGAAUUCAUGGGAUCUCGAUACCAAACACUUGCUUCUUCGAUACUUUCUACAGCAAGAAGUGUUGCAAACUCACCAGAUCCGAAAUCGCAACUUAGAUUUCUUCCAAUUUUCCUUCAACAAGAUUAUCUCUUAAAUGGCAUUGAAACAACUACACAAUACAUAUUAGAAGUCCUUGGCCGAUCAGAAAAUGCAGAAGAAGUACAAGUAUCAUUUAUAAAUAACGCUCAUUUAUUAUAUCACAAAUUAGAAAAUCAAAGAAUGAAAGAACUCGUUCUAAAACUUUUUGCUUUAAAGUUCACAUCUCAAAGUCUUAAAGUAAAAGAAACUGUUGCGUUGAGUCCUAUGAUUAUGGAAUUACAUGUUUUCGGAGGUGCGAGUUCUGCACGAUUAAUUGCAGAUUUAGCAAAUUAUUUUUAUAAUAGAUGGAGAUUUUUUUCUCGUUGUUUGCAAGCAUUAGAACUAUAUGCAGUUCCUAUUUUAAUUGUUGUUAUUAAGACAUUCUUACCUGUUAUACAGAAAGCUGUUGAACUUAAUCCGCAAGCUCUUACGAAGACAGCAAUUGAUUUUUACACGAGAUUUAUGCGUGAUUUCACAGAAGAAAUUCGACCAGCGAAUUUAUUGAAAUAUUUAUGGACAACGUUUGGUAAAAGUAAUAGAUAUGAUAUGCGUCGAUUCUAUGUUGAUUUGUCUAUGUCAUAUGUUUCUUUCAUUCCAAGGAUUUUGUUCGAAGAAGAAGUUUGGUGUCAUUUUAAAACAGAAUUUUUGACUGAAAAAGUUCCACUUGUUAAAGCACGAAUUUUACAAUUCUUGAUCAGUGUUAAUCAUUAUUAUGAUUUUGGACAGAACGAAGAUUACAGGGAAGAUUCAAUGAACAUAUCGAAUAGUUUUAAUUCAGAUGUUAGUUGUAAAGAUCCACAAGUUUCAUUAUUAAUUGAUGAUUUGAAUAAAAUCAUUGAAGAAGCACGAACUAAAAAUCCAAUGACACCAACACAUUCACAUUCUGCUUCUGUCUCUAUUGCAUAUAAAGGAAAUCAGAAUAAACCAGUGAAACCACCACCAAUCCAAGGAUUCAAGAGACCUGUCACUCCUAAAAAUGUUAUUUUGAGUAACACAGGAAGACAAUUAGUUACACCACGAACUCGUAAUUCAUCAAGUCGAAGGAACAACACUCCACAACCAUCCAUCAGCAAUUCAUCUAUUAAGAAGAUGGGGAUUGCAUAA